GAAGAUGAAAGAUGGCCAGUUCUCUCUUAGAAGAAAAAAAAAUAUCACAGGGUAAAUUACUGGUCCGCCGCUGCCUCGCCAUGGCGGGAGAAGACCAGCCGUUGACGGACUACGAGAAGGAGCGGCUGUCGCGGAUACGGGAGAACGAGGCCCGCCUCCAGGCCCUCGGAAUCCGCCGCCUAGCUGCGUCCCCACUCCUCAACCAGCCGUCCUCAGCGGCAGCGGCGGCGGCCAAGAGGAAACAGAAGAAACGAUCCGACGAUGUGGAUGAGGAAUACCUCCCGUCCGAUGAGAGCGGCGGUGAGGAGGAGGCACACGGGGAGAGCUCAUCGGCCAGCGACGAAUACGACGGCAAGGAGACCAAGGCUUCCUCUAGGUCUCGGCAAAAGGGAAAGAAAAAGAAGCUAUUGAACUCAGGAAGCUCUUCUAAAAGUACCUUUAGAGAAGAGGGUGUUCCUGUCACUGACUUCAUGGAUGAAGACGCAGCCUUACAGCAGGCAAUUGCACUCUCCUUAGCAGAGCCUUCGCAAAAUUCCGUGACAGCAAUUGGUGCAGAAACUUCAAGCGCAGGAGUGAAAGGAAGGAAAGGCACUCCAUGCGAAAAUAAGAACAACACACCUAUUCAAGACUCAGCUAAAAACAGGAAGACUAAGAAGCAGGUCAGGAGCAGAAUACAACUGUCAGAAGAUGAUGUGGUGGCAUUCUUCUUCUCAUUUGAUGAAGCAAGAAAAGGGCAUAUCACACCCUGGGAUCUUGAGAGAAUGGCCAAUGUAAAUGAUUUCAUCUGGACAGAUUCUGAGAUAUCUAAGAUGAUCCAGUGCUUUGAUAGUGACAGAGAUGGGAAGAUAAACCUCGAGGACUUCCGCGCCAUUGUAUCCCGAUGCAACAUGCUGCAGGAGCCUGGGCAGUGAAGGUAGGACAUGAUCAUUACUCGAGGAGUCUUUGCAAACAGAUGGUGCCUUCACAAAUCCUAACUGGAGGCAGCAGUAUGAGUUGGAAGCUCAAAAGGGGAUGCAGAUUGCACAGUUAAGGAAAGCCCCAGGACCAACUUGGGAUGAUAGCUACUCCAGCAUAGAUGUAGGUUAAUUCGUCAUGUACUUGUUGAGUACUAACGGGAGUACUGCUGCUGUUAUGAUGAGAAUUACGAGUUCAUCGUGCUCUCAUUUGCUACUGUUCUACGGCAAGUGCGCACAUGGGCAUUGAAUUAAGCAAGAAUCCAUUGAACCGUC